AGGAAUCCUGAAGCAGUUAAGCUUCUUUGCAAAGAUCCACAGCACCACCUUGAGGCCUAUUCAUCUAAAUGUGCAAUGCUGAAGACCAACCGGAGCACUGUUGGAGGCUUCUUCCUGGCUGGCCGAGAUAUGGUCUGGUGGACAAUGGGUGCCUCUAUCUUUGCCAGUAAUAUCGGCAGUGGCCACUUUGUGGGCCUGGCUGGGACAGGAGCAGCCUCAGGGAUUGCUAUUGGAGCAGUUGAAUGGAAUGCUUUGCUGAUGGUGGUGGUUCUAGGCUGGUUUUUUGUCCCCAUCUACAUCAAGGCAGGGGUGGUGACCAUGCCAGAGUAUCUCAGGAAGCGAUUUGGUGGAAAACGACUGCAGAUCACCCUCUCCAUCCUUUCUCUCUUCAUUAUUGUGGCCAUUGGAAUUUCUUCAAACAUAUUUUCGGGUGCCAUAUUCAUCCAGCUAGCCUUGGGAUUGGACCUUUACCUGGCAAUCUUCAUCCUCUUGGCAAUCACUGCUGUUUACACCGUCACUGGGGGUUUGGUCUCAGUAAUCUACACAGACACUCUCCAGACCAUCAUCAUGGUGAUUGGUUCUUGCAUUCUCAUGGGUUUUGCAUUCACUGAAGUUGGAGGAUACGAGAGCUUCACGGAGAAGUACAUGAAUGCCAUCCCUUCUGUAAUUGAAGGGGACAACUUGACAAUCAGUCCCAGUUGCUACACACCUCAGCCAUACUCCCUCCACAUUUUCAGAGAUCCUAUCACUGGAGACAUUCCAUGGCCAGGAUUGUUAUUUGGAAUGACCAUUUUAGCUGUGUGGUACUGGUGCGUAGAUCAGGUUGUUGUACAGCGUUGUCUGUCUGGCAAGAACAUGUCUCAUGUGAAGGCGGCCUGUGUCAUGUGUGGCUACCUGAAGCUGCUGCCCAUGUUCAUCAUUGUGAUGCCAGGAAUGAUCAGCCGCAUUCUGUAUACAGAUAUGGUGGCCUGUGUUGUACCUUCUGAAUGUAGGAGGCAUUGUGGCACUGAAGCUGGCUGCACAAAUUAUGCCUACCCUACACUGGUGCUGGAACUGAUGCCAGCUGGACUUCGAGGCCUGAUGCUAUCAGUCAUGUUGGCCUCCCUCAUGAGCUCCCUGACCUCCCUGUUCAACAGUGCCAGCACGCUCUUCACCAUGGAUAUAUACACCAAGAUAAGGAAGCACGCAUCAGAGAAAGAGCUCAUGAUUGCUGGACGGCUAUUUGUCAUCCUGCUACUUGUCAUCAGCAUUGUGUGGGUCCCAUUAAUACAAGCGUCUCAAAAUGCACAACUGUUCCAUUACAUGUCAUCAGUUGCUAGCUAUCUUGGGCCCACAGUUGCAGCUAUCUUUGUACUUGCCAUCUUCUAUAAAAGAGUCAAUGAACAGGGAGCAUUCUGGGGUCUAGUACUUGGACUUGCAAUGGGCCUCAUUCGAAUGAUUAUAGAAUUUGCCUACGGAACAGGAAGUUGUGUGGUUGCCAGCAACUGUCCUAAGAUUAUCUGUGGAGUGCACUAUAUGUAUUUUGCCAUCAUUCUCUUUUUUGUGUCUAUGCUGGUCAUCGUAGGAAUUUCACUUCUGACAAAACCAAUUCCUGAUGUACAUCUGCAUCGUCUGUGCUGGGCUCUUUGGAACAGUACAGAAGAACGAAUUGAUUUAGAUGCUGAAGACAAAAGGCAGGAAGAAGUUGACACUGUUGAGGAAGAUCUUCCUAUGCAGUCUCGUGGGUGUCUCAGGAAAGCUUAUGACAUAUUCUGUGGUUUGCAGAAGACAGGACCCAAACUGACCAAAGAGGAGGAAGAAGCCCUGAAGAAGAAACUCACAGACACAUCAGAAAAGCCCCUUUGGAGAACUGUAACGAACAUCAGUGCCAUCAUCCUCGUAACUGUGGCAGUCUUUGUCCAUGCCUAUUUUGCCUGAACUCUAUCUGAGUGAAGGCAAUAUUAUUCAGUUAACGGAUAAUAUUGAUUUCAAUUUUUAUAGUUUGUUAUAUUUCAAAAUAGAGAUGUGCAAUUUGAAAUGCUUUCUAAUUUGUUUAUAUAGACCUGACUUAUUUUGUUUUUAUCGUCCCUUUGUGUCAAGUAUAAAUUCUAUUUUACAAUUUUAU